GUUCGGUGAGGAGUCCAAACAUGUCGAAGACUCGCGUGGUUGUGGUGCUGUGGCUGUGUACGGUGGUGACGAGCUGCUUUGGAGCUGUUCCUAGAGUACAAUUUCGAAUUGUAGGAGGAAGCGAUACGCGCAUAGAGAAACAUCCGUAUCAAAUUUCGCUCCGGAAGUCCGGAUCUCACACGUGUGGUGGAUCUAUUCUUAAUGCGAACCAUGUCCUAACGGCUGCCCAUUGUGUGCACUACCCCCAUUCAGAACCUGCAGAUUUUUCGGUUCGGAUAGGAUCCACAUAUCGAAAUGAAGGGGGCAAACUAGUUGCCAUAUCUAAGAUUAACAUACAUCCGGAGUACGACGAUUGGUCUUUAGAAUGCGACAUAGCGGUACUGAAAUUAGCGAAAUCUGUAUCAUUCGACUCAACAAUUAAACCAAUUACGCUGCCGAAAAAAGAUUUCCGAAUUGCUGAAGGAACCAUAGCUUCAAUAGCCGGAUGGGGUGGACUUCAUUUCCAGGGACCCAGCACAAGCCACCUGCAACAGGUAUCGGUACCAAUUGUUAGCAAUAAGGCAUGCAGCAGAGCUUACGAAAAUUUUGGCGCUGUCUACUCGUAUCAUCUAUGCGCUGGUGCUGCCGGAAUAGACGCUUGCCAGGGUGAUUCUGGUGGGCCACUGGUUGUUAAAGGUGUUUUGGUAGGCAUUGUUUCCUGGGGCUAUGGUUGCGCAUUCAACGGUUACCCGACGGUGUACACACGCGUUUCGGAAUUUCUCGAUUUCAUCAAGUAUCAUAUGUGAGAACCGGAACCAGAAGGGUAUCAUGUAGUAGCCACGAAAUAGUUCAAUAAAGGUGAUUUCAAUCUGUGA